AUGAAGCUCCGCCUCGGAGUGCGGGCGGAGUUGGUGGGGUCCCGGGACCCUUGGGCUGCGCUAUCUCCGGCAGGCGACGGGGACAAGUCCAUGGACGACAUGGAUCCCGACUCGCUCCUUGACAACCUCCCAGACGCGCCGUUCGCGGCCGCCAUCCCCUCCGCCAGGGACCCCGCGCGCCUCCUGCCGCAGACCAUCGCCCACCGGGGCUACGCCGCUCGCUGGCCCGAGAACACGCUCGAAGCCAUGCGCGCCGCCGUACUUUCCGCCGGCGCCCACGCGAUCGAGACGGACGUCCACCUCACCCGCGACGGCGUCGUCGUCAUGUCCCACAAGGUGGCCGAAUGCGACUGGGCGUACAUCCAGACCCUCAGGACGGUGAGGGCGCCGCACCUCGGCAUGCCGCGCCUCAGCGACGUGUUGGAGCUGCUGCGGACGGAGGAGGGGAUGGAGAAGGCGUGGUGCAUCCUCGACAUCAAGAUUGACGACGACGCGGACAAGCUGCUCUCCAGCGUGAAGCGCGUCCUCGACUCCGUCAAGGGCCCCGUCCCUUGGGAGCAGCGCAUCCUCCUCGGCUGCUGGAACGUACGUCUCCCCCUCCCAACCCCCCCCCCCACGUACAUCACCGCCGCCCGGCGCAUCCUGCCCUCCUUCCCCCUCGCGCACAUCUCCUGGUCCCGUUCCUACACCCGCCACUUUUCCGCCGCCAUGCCCAACGUCGGCCACAGCCUGCACUUCGCCAACCUCUCCGGCCCCGGCGGCCGACGCUUCCUGCGCGACGCGGCGGGCCGCACGGCGCCGCUGCUCACGUGGACGGUGAACCGGGAGAGCUGGAUGCGGUGGCUGCUGGAGCGCGGCGGGGUGGUGGACGGGGUGGUCACGGACGAUCCGGCGCGGUUCCGGGCGGUCUGCACCCGGUGGGAGGAUGAGAUGGAGGCGGGGGGCGCGGCGGCGAGGGCGAGGGGGGUGUCGGGGUGGUGGUGCGGGUGGGCGGAUCUGCUGGAGGGGGUCAAGUUUGCGCUGCUGUGGGUGGUGCUGCAGGUCGUGGCGAGGUAUUCGCGCAGGCUCGAUACGUUGCCGGAGGUGAUGAGGCGGAAGAGAGACUAG